AAAUGCAAUUUUAUUUGUUUCGAGCAGUAGGACAGUGGACAAUAACAGCUCGAUCCACUGGAUCAAUUCGCCAAAACAAGUUCUUUCGCGUCGUCGUCCUACAAUAAAGUUCAAAUUUGAGUAACUGCUAAUCACUAAAAACCAGCUCUAACUUGUUAGCCAUGGCAGCGAACGAUAUUGUGAAGUAUGGAAUCAUAGGUGUGGGGAUGAUGGGUAGAGAACAUCUCAUCAAUCUCUACCAUCUUCGCACCCAAAACGUCGCCGUUGUUAGCAUUGCCGAUCCUCAUGUCCCCUCCCAAAAACUAGCUCUUGAACUAGCCCAAUCCUUUGAUUGGCCUCUUGAGGUAUUUUCAGGACAUCAAGAGCUGUUGGACAGUGGACUUUGUGAUGUAGUGGUUGUAUCGUCUCCAAACAUGACUCAUUAUCAAAUUCUAAUGGACAUUAUUAACCACCCGAAACCCCAUCAUGUUUUGGUUGAGAAGCCACUCUGUACCACUGUUGCUGAUUGCAGAGAGGUCGUGAAUGCUGCUAGAAAGAGGUCAGAUAUACUUGUGCAAGUUGGAUUGGAGUAUAGAUACAUGCCACCAGUUGCUAAGUUAAUUGAAAUCGUCAAGGGUGGAUCUCUUGGACAAGUCAAAAUGGUGGCGAUCAGAGAACAUAGAUUUCCAUUUUUGGUCAAGGUUAACAAUUGGAACCGGUUCAAUGCUAACACAGGGGGUACCCUGGUAGAGAAGUGCUGCCAUUUCUUUGAUCUGAUGAGGCUGUUUGCAGGUGCAAAUCCUGUUCGAGUUAUGGCUUCUGGAGCUAUAGAUGUUAAUCAUAAAGAUGAAACAUAUGAUGGCAAGGUACCAGACAUCAUUGACAAUGCAUAUGUUGUUGUUGAGUUUGAUAAUGGUUCUAGAGGGAUGCUUGAUCUUUGCAUGUUUGCUGAAGGCAGUAAAAAUGAGCAAGAAAUAUCUGUUGUUGGUGAUAUUGGAAAGGGGGAAGCCUUUGUUCCUGAGAGUAUUGUUCGCUAUGGUACUAGAGCGGCAGGAAGAGAUGGUGUCCAGACAUUCAAAGCUGAGGAUGACCGAAUCAAAUAUGAUGGACUGCAUCAUGGAUCUAGCUAUUUGGAACACCUUAACUUCCUGUCCGCAAUUCAAGGGAAAGGUGAAAAAGCUCCAGCAGUGGAUUUGCAAGAUGGAUUGAUUUCAGUGGCUAUAGGAGUUGCAGCACAGCUUUCCAUUGAGAAAGGUCUAUUUGUGACUAUAAGGGAAGUCAUUGGUGAAUGAAAAUGAUUCUCUAUGAGUUGAUUUUAGUGGCUCUAUUUGUGGUUAUUUCAUUCAAUCACACUCUUACCAACUUGUAAUCCGCUUUCAUACUUGUAUACAAGAGAAGACGUGAUGUAGAAGUACUACAGAGAGCCUGUAAAUUAUUCACUGAAACUUGCUAUCUUAUUCAAUAGCCUCAAGUCCUCAGUUUUCGUUUUGCUGUAUUUAGUGAUAUACCUUCUUUUGUUAUUAUCAAUAUAUACUUGUUUCUUGCCUUAUUUCAA